GGAGUGGCUGGGGGAGCUGGGGGUGUUCAGUCUGGAGAAAAGGAGGCUCGGGGGGACUUUAUUGCUGUCUACGACUACCCGAGAGAAGGUUGUAGCCAGGUGGGGUCGGCCUCUUCUCCCAGCCAGCAGGCGACAGGAGGAGAGGACAUGGCCUCAAGGUGCGCCAGGGGAGGUUUAGGUUGGACAUCAGGAGGAGUCCCUGACCAGAGGGGAUGAUGUGACAUUGGAAUGGGCUGCCCAGGGAGGUGCUGGAGUCGCAUUCCCUGGAGGUGUUUAAGGAAAGACUGGAUGUGGCACCUGUUGCUGUGGUCUAGUUCACACGGUGCUGUUCGGCCAUAGGUUGGACUCGAUGAUCUCAGAGGUCUUUUCCAACCUAAUUGAUUCUGUGGUUCUGUGCGAGGCCGGCUGGGAGCGCCCCGCGGGCACAUCGGUGGUGCAGCGGAGGGCCUCCCGACGGACGGACGGGGUAUCCCUGACUUUGCCCUUAAUUUUUCUUGGUUUGAAAUCUGUCAGGAAGGCAGAUGCGGUGAGCGACCCUUAGUGGGGUUCUCUAGAGGGAGCUGUCGGGGGUAAACUAAGAGCGUGUUAGCCUAAUAAGAGACUAUCUCAGAAAAAAUAGAAAAUGGCCAGUUUGUUAGAGGCAGGGGAAAAAGCAAAACCCUAAAUUGAGGCAAGAGCAGAUAAAGGUGAGUUGUCUGUAACAGAAUUUCUUGUAGAGUGGAAAAGAUUUUCUAGCCAUAGUGCAGUGAGGUUAUGGGAUCGUUUUGCACUCAGGACUGUGGGGAUGAAUAAAGCUUUUGGCCUUAAACUGCCCUGUAUGUGCUUGCGGAAAUAAGUUAGAUAACAGAGGGUUUGAAUUGGUGACCUGGGGCACCAUUUCUAGCCCAGUGUUCCUAUGUAGAAUAAUAAACACCAAUAGGGGUUUAAUUGUUUGUUGUUUUUUUUUUUUUUGUUCAAUAACAGGGAGGUUUUAGCUAGUGUGCUAAGUGUUUUUGCCUUUUAAUUUUCACCUGCUUUCCUGUUUCUUGGUUCUUGUACUCUGCAGGCCUUCCCAGCUGGCUUCUAUUAACUCCGUCUUAAGCGUUCGUCUUUUCUCUGGGUUUAUGUGAAAUUUAUCAGCCACACUUAGAAGCUUCUUAUCUCGCCAGUGAUUUCCGGUGAAAAACACACCCCCACCCCCAACUGGAGCACACCUGUUUAAUAAUGUUCUGUUACAAAAGUCAUGUAGGAAAGCUCCUUUAUUAAUUAACAUUUCCAGAGGUGAGGUCAGAGUUGUUCAGAGUCUCUUGUGAGAAACUGGUUCCACCUUGCACAUUCUCCAUUAGAUUGAUCUUUCAUUUUACUCAGCCACACCAAAAAAUGCGUCUUUGAUUCAGUAGUAGUAAUAAUCAACUGCCAUGUAUUUAAGUUAUCUAAAUAAAUUUGAGAAGCAUAACAGCGAGCAGUCCAUAAAAUGAUCUAUGUCACUAUGCUGCUGUACCUUACAGAAAGUUAAUUUGCUUAAUGUUUGCCAAGUGUGAUUAUCUUCUUUCAGCAUUUCAGCAAAAAAAUGAAGAGAAGGACAGAACCCGAGUUUAGCAGCCCACAAAAUAAGCAGAAGAAGAGGCUGGAAGAUUUGGGAUUAACCCUCAGUUCUACUUCAGAUGAUGAAAAUCAAUUUAGUAAUCAUACUACUCAAGAGUCUUCCAGUAGCAGCAGUGGAUCUGACAGCGAGAGCGAUGAAAAAAGACCAGUCUUCAGCAAUGAGUUCAAACAAGACUCUCUUGUGGAGGGUACUUCAUCUCGCUACUCGAUGUAUAACAGUGUCUCCCAAAAGCUCAUGGCCAAGAUGGGCUUCCGGGAAGGAGAAGGUCUGGGAAAAUAUGGCCAAGGCAGGAAGGAUAUUGUUGAGGCCUCCAAUCAGAAGGGAAGGAGAGGCUUUGGGCUGACCCUCAAAGGAUUUGAUGGGGAGCUCAAUAUUGAUUGGCAGGAUGAGCCAGAGCCUAGUGCUUACGAGAAGGUGGACUGGUGUCCCGAGUGUACCACGGAGAUCCCAGAUGCCCAGGAGCUGAAGGAGUGGAUGACUGUGGGGAAGAGGAAGAUGGUGAUUGAAGAUGAAACAGAGUUCUGUAAUGAAGAGCUUUUACGUAGUGUCCUGCAGUGCAAGAGCGUAUUUGAUGAGCUGGAUGGAGAAGAAAUGCGUCGAGCUCGAACAAGGUCUAACCCCUAUGAGAUGAUCCGUGGAGCUUUCUUUCUGAACAGGGCUGCAAUGAAGAUGGCAAAUAUGGACCAUGUCUUUGACUACAUGUUUACAAACCCUAAGGACUACAAUGGGGUGCCUUUGAUAAAGGAGUAUGAUGCAGAGCUGCUCUACUUUGCUGAUGUGUGUGCUGGUCCUGGAGGCUUCUCUGAAUAUGUCUUAUGGAGGCGGAAGUGGCAUGCAAAAGGAUUUGGCAUGACCUUGAAAGGACCUAAUGAUUUUAAACUGGAGGAUUUUUAUUCUGCUUCCAGUGAGCUCUUUGAACCUUAUUAUGGAGAGGGAGGGAUUGAUGGAGAUGGAGACAUCACUCGAUCAGAGAACAUUACUGCUUUCCAGAAUUUUGUUUUGGACAACACUGAUCACAAGGGAGUGCAUUUCUUAAUGGCUGAUGGGGGUUUCUCGGUGGAGGGUCAGGAGAAUCUGCAAGAAAUCCUAAGCAAACAGCUCAUGCUUUGCCAGUUCCUUACAGCACUGUCCAUUGUCCGCACAGGAGGACAUUUUGUCUGCAAAACCUUUGACCUGUUUACUCCAUUCAGUGUGGGACUUGUUUAUCUGCUGUAUUGUUGCUUUGAGAAAGUGUGCAUCUUUAAACCUGUGACAAGCCGCCCUGCUAACUCGGAGAGGUAUGUGAUUUGCAAAGGAUUGAAGUCAGGGAUUGAUGACGUGCGGGACUACCUCUUCACAGUGAACAUCAGGCUCAACCAGCUGCGCAACUCUGACGUGGAUGUGAAUCUUAUUGUCCCACUGAAUGUGAUCAAAGACAACCAGGAUUUCUACAAUUACAUCGUCCAGUCCAAUGAAAACCACUGCAAAGUUCAGAUAAAGGCACUAGCCAAAAUUCGUGCUUUUGUUCAAGACACGACACUGAUUGAGCCACGGCAGGCUGAAAUACGGAAGGAGUGUCUCCAGCUAUGGGGGAUUCCUGAUAAGGCUCGUGUUGCUCCUUCAUCUUCAGAUCCCAAAUCCAAGUUCUUUGAGCUGAUCCAGGGCACAGACAUUGAUACCUUCAGUUACAAACCCACUCCUCUGAAUUCCAGCACACUGGAGAAAAUUCGCCAAGUGUUAGAUUACCGGUGUAUGGUAUCUGGAAGCGAGCAGAAGUUCCUCUUGGGCUUAGGGAAAUCACAGAUCUACACCUGGGGUGGUCGCCAGUCAGAUCGCUGGACAAAGCUGGAUUUGAAAACUGAGCUGCCACGAGAUACUCUUCUGUCUGUGGAGAUUGUUCAUGAGCUGAAAGGAGAGGGGAAAGCCCAGCGAAAAAUCAGUGCCAUCCACAUCCUUGAUGUCUUGGUGCUGAAUGGCAAUGAUGUUCGAACACAGCAUUUCAACCAGAGGAUUCGGCUGGCAGAGAAGUUUGUUAAAGCUGUUUCUAAACCAAGUCGACCAGAUAUGAACCCCAUCCGGGUGAAGGAAGUGUACAGAUUGGAGGAAAUGGAGAAGAUUUUUGUGAGGUUAGAGAUGAAAGUCAUCAAGAGUUCAGGGGGAAUGCCCCGGCUGUCCUACACUGGCCGAGAUGACCGGCACUUUGUGCCCACAGGACUCUACAUCGUACGGACUAUGAAUGAUCCCUGGACAAUGGCAUAUAGCAAAAACUUCAAGAGGAAAUUCUUUUUCAACAAAAUGACCAAUGUAGCGACAUACAGCCUCCCUUCUGAAGCCAUUGCACCCUUUCACAUCUGCCAUUACAGCCGCCUCUUCUGGGAGUGGGGGGAAGGUGUCAAAGUGCAUGACUCUCAGAAAAGACAAGAUCCAGAGAAGCUGUCAAAAGAGACUGUCCUGUCUUUCAUCCAAGCGCACUACCCCUAACCCUGCUCCCUUGAGGGUGCAGGGGGAGUCUGAGCCCAGCUUGGAUUCUUCAGGGACUGAUGAGACUGGGGAGGCUCCACAACUUCUAUCCUGGUCUUCUCCAGAGCUGAUUUCCUGGAGGUGAUCGAACAAGGGUGUGGUAUGCAGAAGGCACAGGAUGAGGCCCUACCUUGGCAGUGUAUAUAGAGUACAGCCCAGGUAGCACCUGCUGCUGGAGUACCCACGGUGACUCCUGGAGCCAAGGCCUAAUGCCCUUUUGUCCUGCCCUACUGCAUGCAUGAGGCCAAGAGGCUGGCAGCUUUCUUUGCUCCUGCUCAAACAUUCAGCAAGGUUUGUGGAGCUCUGUGUGUGCCAGAACUUUCCAAGCUUGUGCUUCUCUGGCAGUAUGGGAAGGAGCAGAGAUGUUUUGAUGGCAGAGCUUGGCAACUGCACGUUGAAGCAGCCCUGCAUUGUUCCUGGCAGCUAUGUCUCCUUGGCCUUGUCAAAGGCCUACGCUACCCACUGGAGGGUGUUAACUCCUUGGGGAAUGCUAGCUGUGGGACUCAAGUUAUGUAUCCUUGUUGUCUCCAACACUUCUGUUUAUCAAGGCACUCAGUUGACCUGGCAAUUCUUACAUGAUGGUAUCCUGUUGGACAAAUGCCAGUGCAGAUGAUGAGUAGAGCUCCUGGCACAGAUCUGAAGUGCUCAGUGCCAGGGCUUUCUCCGACCUCUAGAACCUGCUGUGACAAGGAUUUCCCCUCUCUAGGUUAGUGACUGAUCCCAAAUCAGCAGCCUAGGGUUAAUUUGUGAACAUGUACCAUGGUUGGCGUACGUGCCUCAUGGUACUUCUGAGACCAAGGUGCUUUGGUUCUGGGUACUCAACACCAUUACCCAAAUCUUCAGGGAGAAAAGCUGAUGUGGGAGGGAAGACACUGGAAGGCUGGGAUGCUGGAGUCUUUGGAAGAAAUUAUGGGGAUGCCUGACUUAAUUAAAAAGACCCAGGGCUUCAGUGAAAAGGGAUCUUGACUUUGACCAUGUUGGUUAAUUGGAAGAAAUCCUGUCCCCUGACUGUACCCCCUGGCAAGGUAACCAGACUUUCCUUUUUAAAUGUCAAAGUGGCUUCGAAACCCUUUGUAUCUCAUUUGGCUGUGGAACUGCAUCUGGGGUGAAGGCAUAGAGCUGUGAAACUCUCAGCAUGGUAUUUGUGUCCAGACUUCUCCAUGCACUUCUGCGCCAGGCUCAAAGUUGGCUUCUGUUGCAUGUUUUACCUUCACUUCUGGCUUCCAUGGCACUUUGCCAGGUCUUCCACGUAAAUCAGAAGAUAACACAUAAUUGAAUGCUUUUGACCAAGCAGCAAAAUUGCCCUUUUUGUUUGGUGUUUUGUUUUGUUUCUUUUUAUUUUGUUUUGUUUGUUCUUGUUUUUAAAUACAGAUUGGCAGUAGGGAGAAAACUGAUUUAGGUCUGAAGUGUGCCUUAAGGAAAGCUAUAGUUCUAGAAUCUAUAGCAGUUAUUAGAUAGUUUUUUUUCUCCACAAGCAUACAUAUGAUUUGAACAAGCUUGUGUAGCAAAACAGAAAUUUUCACUUAGCUACAGGUCUAUCAAAGCAGUUGAAGGACUGCAGGCUGUUAAUGCUUCCUCUUGCUGACCUGGAGACCCCCCCUCUGCUCUCAAACAUCACUAAAACACAUAUCAAGCAAGUGGUGGCCCUUCCUCCAGAAGAACAAAAGUGUUUCACUGGUACCUUUUGUCUUGGCACAAGCACUUCCACAAGGAACAAGGAGGAAUCUCUCCCACUGGGCAGUGAAGCACUUCCAACUGUGUGGUGUCCGGGCCUGUGUACAGUUGGCUUUUUAAACCAACCAGUAAUUGAGUUCUGGCACUUGUGCAGACUGCCUUGAGGCUGUUCCAGUGCCAGCAGAGCAUGCUGCUCCCUCUGCCAGGCUCCUUCCCUGACUUGUACCCUCCACUCAGGGCUUUGACUUCUGUGGGCUGGCAGACAGAGGGGUGACCAAGAGGGACACUAGGGUGGGUAUAGGCCUCUGAGGGUACAAGAAUGCCUGGUCAGCCUGCAGGCUAGCUUUUAUGAACAGAUACUUUGUUUACUCAGUUGUCUCCAGCUCCUCAUUUAAAUUUGCUUUUAAUUUUAUUUUUGAUGCACUGAACCUUGAUUCCAAAUCUCCCUUCAAGAAGGCAAGCUUGAGCCACCAUGCUACUUGCUUCCCUGCUGAGGGAUUAUGUUGGGAAGGGGUGGGUGAGUAAGGUCUUGCUGAAGGGAAUGUUAUGUAUGUUAAUUGCACAAUGUAUUAUUAGGCUUUGUAUCAUUUUGUGUUGAUUUCUCUGCUUUCAUUGUCUCUAUUACCAAUACAGCCCCUUUAGUUCACA